GCGACCGUGAGGCUUCAGAUGUGCAAGGCUACACAUAAGUUCUACGAGCAGUUCGGUAGAACGUUGUAAUGUAGACAUAACCGAUAUUGUGCGAACGGGAGGCGUGCGAUACUUGGCCGUGAUUCAAAGCGCUAUAACUUGGCAUACGGAAUCUUGGUAUUAAAUAAGUACACGAUAAAAACGUGAACAGUGCUCGUGGCUAGGGAAUAUACAUGCAUUGGUUAAGAAGACGUUUACGGCAACGAACAUUACUACGCAGGUAAACACGUUCUCUAUGAAAUAUUGACGUCGGCUGCUGGCGUCAACAGUAUGAACAUGCCUCGGUCACCGAUCUCAAGCACCUCGGACAACCUCCGGCAGCUGAAUCUGAAGGACCAUUACCAGCUAAUCCGAGACUUAGGCAGGGGAACGUAUGGGAAAGUUGUCUUGGCAAAAUGCUUGGAAACCGGGACUCACGUAGCGCUAAAGGUGCUACCGAAAAGCACAACAAAAUUACGGGAAUUUCAAAGAGAAUUUCAGUACAGCUAUUUUCUGUCACCCCAUAGUAACAUUGUAGACUCGUACAACGUUGCGUUUGAGACUAGAAGUUCGUAUGUUUUCGCCCAGGAAUAUGCUCCGAUAGGUGAUUUAUUUGAUGCUAUACCGCCUCAGGUUGGCAUGAAGGAAAAAGACGUGAAAUCGGUUGUGAAACAGAUUGCUUCAGCUUUAGAAUUCAUGCAUAGUAAACAACUCGUGCAUCGUGAUAUCAAACCAGAGAAUAUUCUAAUUUUUGAAGACGACUUUAAUAAAGUAAAAUUAAUGGAUUUCGGAAUGACAAGAAAGGAUGGGACUGUGAUACGAAAGACAAAUGGAAGCAUUCCUUAUACGCCCCCGGAAAUUUGUGAAGCCGUCCGAAAUGAAAAUAUAACCGUCGCGGCAAAUGGAGAUGUCUGGGCGUUUGGAGUGCUUUUAUUCUGCAUGUUAACCGGUAAUUUCCCUUGGGAAAAUGCAGAUAUAGGCGAUGUAUACUUCAGUGAGUUUAUCACAUGGCAGCGAAGAAAAACGUCAAAGGUGCCCUCACAAUGGAAGAGAUUUACAUCGAAAUUUCUCAGAUACUUUAGAAAAUCUUUAGACAUUAAGCCUGACAGGCGUUGCGAAGUGAAAGAAAUUAAUAAAUAUCUACAAGACAACUGGCUCUUACCUAGCAGAAUUUCAGGCGAUUCCACUUCAGAUGAUGAUGAGGAAGAGAGCGUUUCGAACAGUGACCAAGGUGAUAAGUUGGCGCUGAUUCUACAAAAUCAUGGAAUUGAUACGAAAGUAGAUAAACGGCUGAGAGAUGUAAGAAUUUCAGAAUGGUUGCUUUCUUUGUGACUGUCGGAAAGAGACCAGUCUUACUUCCAAGAUUGUUUUGCGAAGAUUAAGUGUUUUAUUCAAGAAAACUCACAAGUUUGGUCUUUGGUGGUUAUGUUGACAUUUAUAAGUAUUCUCGUAAUUCUAUUCCAGUAGCGAAUUUGCAUCGUCGUUUGAAGGAUUAAGUAUUGAACGUGGCGUAGUCUUCGUUUGUGUCAGUUUGGUAUUGUCUUGAGUUAAAGCUUAUGUGAUACUUGAAUAUAUGUCUUUGCGAUUUAAAAAUUGCGAUUUGGUUGUAAUAAAACAUAAAUUACGAUCUUAAAAUUUUAAGUCGGUUGCAGAAUGUGUUCAGUAAAUUUAUAAUAAAAAGUAUGUCGGUUUGAUAUUUCAUUAUAGAAUUUCUGAGUGGUGUAAUCUCUUUCAACUUAAAAAACGAUCUUUAAAAUCAAACUGUAUAGCUCAUGUGUAUCAGGUGAUGUAGCAAUAAGCUAACAAUGAGAUACAUGUAAUGUUCUUUCAUGUAAUGUUCUUGUAUAAUUACAAUUUUUAUUGUAAAGCAGUUAAUUUAUUAAAUAUGAUACAUUUUGUCUUACAUUAGAAAGCUUCACAUGUAUAUUUGAAAAAGGUUGUACUUUGAAAGUGUGUUCUUGUCUUAAUGAAAAUAAACCAUUUGUUGUAAAAAAUAUGUCUGUAGAGUAUGAAAAUAGUAUCAAAGUCAUGAUGUAAUAGCAACAUGUUUUGUAAAAACCAAAGCGUUUUGAACAUGGCUGCUCUUCACAAUCUUAGCACCUUGAUGUUUUAAAUGUGUGAUAAUUCGUCCAAACCUCCAGUGUCUAAUUUUCAUUUAAGUUUAAUUAUGUGUACCUGUUCAGCAUGACGUUAAACAAUUACGUCGGUUAAGUUUAUUCAAGUUAGCAGAUGUUUAAUAUUACCAACAGUUGUUUAAUAUUAUCAGCAAGUAUCUUGUAAAACGUAAUAUUUUUGUUAACGUGUGAUCAAGUGUUCCUAUUUUCCAUAGUUUAUUGUUAUCAAUAUUGUUAUCUAUAUUUUCCAGAAAAAAUGUAUGAACGUAAAUAUUAAAUCAUAUAAAAUAAAUAUACGAAACUAAA